AUGCGUGCUCUCUACGCCUUUGGCCUCGUCGUCGCAGGCGUUCUCUCUCCAUCAUGGCACGCAGAACAGCCAUCAAGUCUCUCACCGUCACUUUGGAGCUUUCUACCUCGUCUUGGUGCUCGUGCAUCCAUGCCAGUGCUAACUACAAACCACUUUCAAAAUAUGCCAGCCCGGAUAUACUACUUUGACGACACGCCAAGUCUGCUAUAUUUUGACGGAACCAAAGGCGACGUGUAUCUAUCAGCCGAUGAAGGCAAAAGCUGGAAGCUCGUCGAUGGUGUACCCCGGCAUAGUGCUGCUCAGCUCAUUGAGCACCCUUUUGACAACCGAGCAUUCAUCUUAACCAAGGAAACCAAACACUAUAGAACAGGAGAUCAUGGAAAGACUUGGCGAAGCUUCGAUAUCCCACUCAUGCCAGCGUGGACGGCUACCCCUCUUGCUUUUCACGCUGAUAAGAACAAGGCGGGAUACAUUCUAUACCAAGGUAUCAAAUGUGACAAGGCUGGCAUCUUUGGUGCUGGAAAUUGCCACGAGGAGACCUGGUAUACAAAGGACGCAUUCUCGGACAAACCCAAGCUGCUGAUGAGUGGGACCUCGAAAUGCAUAUUUGCACACUCGUCCAAAGACUUCAAGCACGACGAGCAUUCCGAUAUGAUCUUCUGCCAGGCUUCCGAAACUGGAUCAGAGAAUGGACAAGCUGUAGAAGCAACUCGUCUGCUGGCUUCUAAUGACUUCUUCGGCGACGAUCGAAGAGUCAUCGACUUUGGUAUCGGCAGUCGAUUGAGUCGAGGGGUCAUGGCAAUGGGUGUCGUCUCCAAAUUCCUGGUUGUCGCCAUGCAGGAUCUUACAGAAGGCUCCCAAGGCGAGAUGGUGCUCUAUGUCACUGUCGAUGCAAAGAACUGGGCAAAGGCACAUUUCCCUCAUGCAUCCAGCUCGAAAUUGCAUGAAAACUCGUACACGAUUGUCGAAAGCACGACGCACUCCUUGGCUAUUGACGUGCAAUCUCACUUGACCCGCGGAAUCGGUACGCUCUUUGUUUCCAACUCCAACGGCACCUAUUUCGUCGAGUCACUCAAAGACACUCACCGUUCAAACUUUGGGUAUGUCGACUUUGAAAACCUGGUCAAUAUCGAGGGUGUGGGACUGGCGAACUACGUCCAGAAUGCGCGAGAAGUGGAUGGUGGGAUGGCGGCUAUGAUGAAGCUCAAGACUGUCAUCACGUACGACGAUGGUUCGUCGUGGUCUCCUAUUAAGGCACCCAGUCGGGACAUGCACCAAAAGCAAUACGCAUGCGACACCAGCGACGUCAAGAGAUGUUCUCUUCACCUGCACUCCGUCUCGAAUACACACAAUAUCGGUCGGAUCUUUUCGUCCACUGCACCCGGCUUUGUGAUGGGCGUAGGCUCGGUCUCGGAGUAUCUCUACACCUAUAGAGACUCUGACACAUACCUGAGUACGGAUGCAGGGCAUUCGUGGAAACAAAUUCGCCAUAGUCCUCACAAGUACGAGUUUGGCGAUCAAGGCAAUAUCAUCGUCAUUGUGAAGGAUGAAGACUUUGUGGACCACUUUCGCUUCUCGAUUGACUCUGGAGAAACUUGGCGAAAGAUGGACCUUGGUGCGAGGAUACAGCCCAUCAUCCUCACGACCAUCCCCGAUUCUACGUCGCAAAAAUUUAUCCUUCUCGGUGCUCUUGGACGCAAGGAACAAGCCGCCGACAAGCGCUAUGCAAUGAUUCAUCUCGAUUUUGCCGGCAUGCGUCCCAGAAAAUGCAAGCCCGAAGAUUUGGAAAAGUGGUACGCCCGGGGUCACAGCGGACACGAAUGCAUCAUGGGUCACAAACAAUGGUUCUGGAGGAGAAAGAAGGGAGCUGAUUGCUAUAUCGGCGACAAAUUCAAGGACCCCGAGUCGCAUUCUGAGCACUGCCUCUGCACGGAUGCAGACUACGAAUGUGAUUAUAAUUACGUUCGCCAGGGAGAUGAAUGCGUUCCUAUGGGCCCUGAGCCAAUUCCAGAGGGAGUAUGCGUCGGGGAUGCUCCAAAUCAAACCUACAUGGGGUCAUCUGGCUAUCGAUUGAUUCCUGGGAACACCUGCAAAAAGGAAGGAGGCGUGAUAAAGGACGAACGAGUGAAAAAGGAUUGUGACAAGGCUCAACCUUCGGAGGGAUCGGUCGUUCACCAAACUUUCGAAUUCCCGUCAUCUGUGAUGUCGCACGCCUAUUUCCGAAAAUCCAAGACGAUCCUGGCACAACUCAACGACGCAUCCAUUUGGCAGAGCAGCAACGAGGGCUAUACCUGGAAGCGGCUUUAUCCAGAUGAAAGGCUACUCACCUUUUAUAUGCAUACAUACGCCGACGACCGCGCCUACCUAUUUACAGCAACGAAUCGAUACUACUACACGACUGACGGAGGCCGAUCGUGGAACCCUGCCGAGGCACCAGCUCCUCCAAAUCAUCUAGACGUUCAGCUGCUCACAUUCAAUCCCGUUAACUCUGACUACUUGAUUUGGUCGGGCCAAGUGGACUGCGACGAAAACGGCAACCAGGCAAACUGCAGAGUAGAAUCGUACUAUUCGACCGACCAUGGACGCAGGUGGACCUUUGUGGAGAAAUAUGUCAAAAAGUGUGGGUUCACGAGAGAUUCGGCCUUUAAAGUGGACCAAAGCUCGAUUCUCUGCGAAAGCUAUCGAGACAAGAAGGGCUCGCAAAGGACGUUCACCUCUGGGAACCCACUCGAGCUCGUCAUUGGGUCCGAUUUCUAUCGCAAAAAGGAGAAAUUGUUCGACAAUAUCGUUGGAUACGCAACUUUCUCAGAGUAUCUACUUGUUGCAGAAAUUACGCCCUCCACCAACGCAUUGGAUCUUCAAGUAUCACUAAACGGCAACAAGUUUGCAAACGGCCUCUUCCCACCUGACAUGCGACUUGACAAUAGGGCCUAUACAAUUCUUGAGUCUACCACAGACGCGGUGUUCUUGCAUGUCACCAUGUCGAGCAUACGGGGAGCCGAGUGGGGCAACUUGCUCAAGUCCAACUCAAACGGAACCUACUAUGGCUUAGCGCUUGCUCAUGUCAACCGUAAUACUCCAGGAUAUGUCGAUUACGAAAAGAUGAUCGGCAUUGAUGGUGUCAUCUUGGCCAAUAUUGUCGCUAACCCGGAGGAAGCAGGGUACACCCUCCGAAAAAAGCUCCAGACUCGCAUCAGUCACAACGACGGAGGGUCAUGGGAACGCCUGAACCCUCCACUCCGUGAUUCGACAGGCGCAGAGUACCCAUGCAAAGACACGAAAUGCUCGUUACAUAUCCACGGCUAUACCGAGCGUGCAGACCCACGUACUACGUAUUCAAGUCCAUCUGUGGUCGGAUUGAUGCUGGCAGUGGGUAAUGUUGGCGAAGAGCUUGCGCCGUACCGUGACUCGGACACGUUCCUCACCCGUGAUGCCGGUUUGACAUGGGAGGAGGUGCAUAAAGAUGCACACAUGUGGGAAUUUGGUGACUCUGGCUCAAUUCUCGUCAUCGUCAACGACGAAGAAGCGACGGAUCACGUGCAGUAUACCACCGACGAGGGGCUACACUGGAAGGAGUACAACUUCGGCAUUCGGAUACGCGUGAUCAGUCUAUCGACUGUCCCAGCGGACAAUAGCCGCAAGUUUAUCCUGAUCGGAUACGAGCCUAGGGAACGCAGCAAGAGCGUAGUCAUUCACCUCGACUUUACAGCCCUGACGCACAAAAAAUGUCGCCUCAACCUACAGGAUCCGGCUCACGACGACUUUGAGCUUUGGAGCCCAAGUGAAGUCCGCACAGAGCAAUGCUUGUUCGGCGCCAAGACAUGGUACUAUCGACGUACACGCACUGCAAACUGCUACGUUGGUGAACUUGAUAGGCCCAAGGCAGAAAUACGUGAAAAGUGUCAAUGCACUGAAGUUGACUUCGAAUGCGAGUAUAAUCAUAUACGCAAUGCAACAGGUGAAUGCGUCCUCGCCCCGGGGGCACUCGCGCUACCCAACGACGACACGUGCUCAGACGACAAUGAUGGCUACUGGUAUGAGCGUACAGCAUAUCGCAAGAUCCCAAAGUCCGCUUGUGAAGGAGGGCGCCGUCUUGACAGGGGAGAGUCCCAUGUGUGCCCUGGGUUCCGGGCUCACGGUUCGCUGUUUUGGUGGACGAUCUUUUUCAUUCCGUUUGGAUUUACUGCUCUGGUGGCGUUUUGGUACUACAGACGUGGUGGAUAUCGCAGAGGAGCGAUUCGCUUGCCGGACGCAUACACGUUUUCAGACUCUGGCCCACUGGCGACUCUCGCCUCGAUUCCUUGGUUCAUUGUGGGCGUUGCGGGAGUGGUGUGGAGUUAUGUCGAGUCGAUCCCAUUCUUCCCUCGUACAAAAAUAUUCAGAUCGAGGAGAGGGUAUCGACACGUCGCAGUGGACGAGGAUGCACAGAUACUGCGAUUUGAAGACGAAGAUUAG